AUGCGUGAGAUCGUUACCUUGCAACUCGGUCAGCAGAGCAACUAUCUAGCAACCCAUUUCUGGAAUGCUCAGGAAUCAUACUUCACAUAUGGCGCUGACGAGGAGUCACCUAUUGAUCAUGACGUCCACUUUAGACCGGGUAUCGGAUCUGAUGGCUCUGAGACCUAUACGCCUAGAACAGUCAUCUACGACCUGAAAGGAGGCUUUGGAACUUUACGGAAGAUCAAUGCUCUAUAUGAUAUCGACAAUGAUGCGGCCUCGAAUAGUCUAUGGUCUGGCCGAACGAUAGUGCAAAGACAACAGCCUAUAGAGGCGAGUUCAUAUCAACAGAGCCUUGAAUCUGGUCAAGCACCACCAGAGCUUACCACAAGUACAGUUAGGUAUUGGUCUGACUUCAACCGCGUCUUCUUCCAUCCUAAGUCUAUUAUUCAGUUGAGUGAGUAUGAGCUCAACUCGACGGUCAUGCCCUUUGAGAAGUGGCAUAUGGGGGAAGAGCUUUUUGCCACGCUGGAUAAGGAGCACGACCUCUUAGACCGAGAUUUGCGUUCCUUCGUUGAGGAGGCUGAUCAGAUGCAAGGCCUCCAGGUCAUGACAGGUAUCGAUGAUGCCUGGGCUGGGUUUGCGGCCAAGUAUAUGGAGCGACUUAGGGAUGAAUAUGGUAAAACCCCUAUUUGGGUUUUAGGGGCUCAAGAGCCUAAUAGAGGUUUAUCAAGAGAAAAGAGAUUGCUAAAGCUUGCUAACAAAGCACGAGCUCUUGCGGAAUUUAACUCACAGGCAUCUCUAAUCAUCCCCCUUGCACUGCCGGAGACCCCUCUACCCCUGUCUGUGCGACUGGAUCCUACAUCAACUUGGCAUAUAACUGCUUUGUUCGCCGCAGCUUUGGAAAGCAUAACUCUGUGUACACGCCUGAAGACCUCUGAUCGCGUCUACUCAAGUAAUCUUGGAAAUGUUGCUGACCUUCUCAACGUAUUUGGAAAACAAACCAUCGCGAACUUGGAGAUGAGUAUAUUUGAGCCACAAAAGUCCCAACAGAAUGGGAAUGGUACAAACGGCGUAAACGGAAACGCCGAUGCCCUGAAUGAGCGGGAUGAACGUAUGCGAAACUUAUACGGCGCCGGCACAGGUCACGACGCUGACUCCGAGUCCGGCUCGCAGAAAGGGAUCGCAACUCUGGACAUAGACUUAUCCUCUCCUCAGGACCUCAAUCUUGGUAAUGAUUAUAGGAGACGGCGGCGACGGCGUAUUUUCAGCCAAAUUCGAGCUGAUAGAGGGUCAGAGAGCCUAGAGCGGGCCAAUCGCGACGAUGAACUGGAGACGAGGGAUAUGUACGGCAUACGACGUCGUCCGAAAGUCCACAACUAUCGGUCGUCAGUUGCCUUCCCACUCAUUGACAGCUACCCUAAGAUUUUUCGAGAUAGCAAUAGCCAUCCAAUUAAAGACAGCGUAUCUGUUCAGACGGCUUUGUCUACGGAUUCAACCGUCACGGAUAAAGUGAAAGCUUUACGCAGUACUGUUAUCCGUUCCAUCGGUCUAGAAGAUCGUGAGACGAUUGGUAAUGAACUUGCUGAAAUCGCCGAUAGCUACAAGGAGGGCUGGUCUAGUGAUAGCGAUGACGACGAUGAUGAGUGA